AUGAGUGCUCCCAGUGGAACGGUGGCGUCCUCCAUCAAGCAGCGUCAGUUGAGCCAUCUCAACUCGCAGAUGGCCCAGCUCCACGCUAAUCUCUCCGAUUUCAACGAGCUCAUCCACACAACUUGCACUCAGUACCAGUCGAUCGAGAAUUUAGGCAAGCUCCAUGCUGCCAUGUUCAUGGCAAGCCAUGCGGUGUUUGAAAACGACAACUUCAGCGGGCAAGAAACGCAGGACGAGUGA